AUGUUCUAUGAUUGUAUAAGAAUUAUUUUCAAUAAAACAUUUUUAUUUAGUAUUAUUCUACAUAUAUUAUAUGGAUGUAUAUUUGAAAAAAGUAAACUUUAUUAUCCAUAUACAUUUGGACGAAAUAUUCUAUUUUUAAAAACUGAUUUAUAUAAAUUUUAUAUUUCAAUAUGCUUUGUUUCAUUGGGUAUACCAUAUAUUGUAAGUAAGAUUUUACCAAAUCAAUAUACAUUAGCACGUUCAUAUAUUGCAAAUCGUUAUGAAAAUCAUCAAGCAAUGGAAGUACAAGUUGGCAGUUAUUUAUUAGGUAUAUCAAUGUUAUUAACUGGAUUUUGUCCAUCAUAUUUACCAAUUUAUUUGGCUAUAAAUCCUGUUUUAUUUCUUUACAGUAUCGCAGCUAGUUAUAUUGCUUUUAUAUGUUAUCAUAUCUAUGAAAAAGUUGUUUUAAAUCGUGUUCGUCUUAGACCAAUUGAUAAUGAGCGAAACAAUACUUAUUCAAUAACAGUUGAAACAGAAAGUUUACAUACAAUAGAACGUAUUAUAACACUUUCAAUAUGUGUGAUAUUAUUACUUAUGUUUGAAACUAUUGAACAAUCUUUACCCGUUGGACAUACAGCUGAUGAAUUGCAUGAUUUAAUACGUAAUGGUGAUUAUUUACCACCGGGUUUAACUGGAAUAUUAUGUGGUUUAAUAACUACAUUAUUAAUUUUUAUUUGUCAUGAAUAUCAAACAUUCACAAGUGAAUGGUUAGUAAAUAUAUUUUAUUAUACCUCAGACAUUGCCACGAAGAAAACAAAUAUAACAGGGCAACUAUGUUUUGAACAAAUAUUAAAAAUGCUUUCAAUAGCUUUUGGUGCUCGUUUAUCAUUAUGGUUAAGUAGUGAACAGGAAAUACCAAAUAUUGACUGGCUUUUUUAUCCAUUAAUUGGAUUAGGAUCCUUUGCUGGUGCAUAUUCUGUUUGCUUAACAACAGCAACAUUUACUGAUCAUGUUUAUUUAGUACAUGCAUUUGUUGGAAGUGUUGCUUCAGAUAUAAUUCCAUUAGCAAUUGCAUCUGUUUGGAUUAUAUUGUAUAUGGCACAAUUAUUGAAAAUAACUAAUCUUAAAUGA